GCAGCAGUUAGACUGGCAGCCAGAGGCUCAGUCCAUGCCGUGCCCCCGGGACAGUACUGUCAAGGCCUCGGUAUCUCGACACCUAGGAUCGCAGGGACAGAGUGUCACCAGGGUAGAGGACGAUGUUGCGCCGCAAGCCAUCUAACGCCAGUGAGAAGGAGUCCACUCAGAAGAGAAAGCUCUCGCUUCAGCGCUCCAGCAGCUUCAAGGAUUUUGCCAAAUCUAAACCCAGCUCCCCCGUGGUGAGCGAGAAGGAAUUUAAUCUGGAUGAUAAUAUUCCAGAAGAUGACUCAGGUGUUCCUACCCCAGAGGAUGCUGGGAAGAGUGGCAAAAAGCUGGGGAAGAAGUGGAGGGCUGUGAUUUCCCGAACCAUGAACAGGAAGAUGGGCAAGAUGAUGGUGAAGGCCCUGUCAGAGGAGAUGGGAGACACUCUGGAGGAGGGUUCAGCCUCCCCGACAUCUCCAGACUGCACCCUGGACAGCCCCAGCCCUGAGAAGACGGCACCAGCCUUUUUGGAGCAGGAGGAGCGUGAGCUCCCGGCACUCAACCACCAGGCAUCCACGGGCAGUGAGCUCUGCAGCCCCAGCCCAGGCUCUCGCAGCAGCGGGGAGGAACCACCUGCCCCCCAGUACACGGGUCCCUUCUGUGGCCGGGCACGGGUCCACACCGACUUCACUCCCAGCCCCUAUGACCACGACUCAUUGAAACUGCAGAAAGGAGAUGUGAUCCAGAUCAUUGAAAAGCCACCUGUGGGCACGUGGCUGGGCCUGCUCAAUGGCAAGCUGGGCUCUUUCAAGUUCAUCUAUGUGAACGUGCUGCCCGAGGAGGCUGUGGGGCCUGCCCGCCCCAGCCGCCGACAGAGCAAGGGCAAGAGGCCCAAGCCCAAGACUCUGCAUGAGCUGCUGGAGCGCAUCGGCCUAGAGGAGCACACUUCCACCCUGCUGCUCAACGGCUACCAGACACUGGAGGACUUCAAAGAGCUGCGCGAAACACACCUCAAUGAGCUGAACAUCACGGACCCGCAGCACCGGGCCAAGCUGCUUACAGCCGCCGAGCUGCUGCUGGACUAUGACACUGGCAGCGAGGAGGCAGAAGAGGGUGCCGAGAGCAGCCAGGAGCCUGUGGCGCACACAGUGUCUGAACCCAAGGUGGACAUCCCACGCGACUCCGGCUGCUUCGAGGGCUCAGAGAGCGGGCGCGAUGAGGCAGAGCUGGCGGGCGCUGAGGAGCAGCUGCACGGCCUCUCCCUGGCCGGAGCACCUUGAGGAAGAGGUGGCAGCACAGGCCAAGGCUGGGCCCAAGCACCAAAGGCCACAGGGACGGGUCAGGCCUCCUGUGGCAGUCCAGGCCCAGAGGACUGGCGCCAAGCCUGGCCCUGCCCUCCCAGGGGUGCUAGGGCCGCAGAGGCUGGCCAGGGCCCUACAGGCUUGGCUGGAGUGGAUGAGGAGCCGCCGAGGGCACAUCGCACCUGCCUGGCCCCCUCCCUCCACCAGCUACUGACAGCACAGCCCUUCCAGUCACAGCCUGCUCCUGGCCUUGGCCACAGCAGUGGGACAACAAGGGGCCACCCUACCCAUGUCCCUCACUACCAAGGCCCACAAACCCUCCUCGCCCCCAUACCACCUUCCCCUGUGACCCUGCUCCUGAAAAAAGGAGUGGAAGUCAAUGUUUCAGGUCAGUCUCAAAACUCUGGGGAAGCUGGCCAUUUAAAAAGACACUGACUGAUCACAGGUAGAUCCGGAUUUCCCCAAACAAAGCUUGGAGAAAGCACAUGUACCUUCCCCACUUUCCUUCUUAACUCUUGCAGGUUUGGCCACUAAAUCACUGUGUGACUUGAACCAAGUGCUUUUCCCGGUCAGGGCCUAGGACUCCUCAGGAUUAGAAUCAUUAGUCACUGAGGGCCUUGUCAGCUCUGACAUUCUGUGACAUUACAUGCCUAUUCUGCUACCUGUGGCUUAGGACACCAGUGGGGUUUACUGAGGGGACAGAAGAGGCCUUGGCUCCCAAAUAAACUGACUCCUCCUGCUCAUUCAUCCCAUACCUCCCCAUGUAAUUCAAGCCAAGCUGCAAUUUCCGCCAGCUUAAAACAAUGCCCAUCCUUCAUACAGUACACAGCCUCCCCUUCCACCCCUCGCCCCUCCAGUAACGCUUCCCCAAGGCCAAGAGCAGAUAGUCAGACCUAGCUUCCAAGGAUGGAACUGCCCCUCAGAAGCCGGAUGCAGGUCUGGGUCCAGACUUGGCCACUUGUGUGGAUCCUUACAAGCAAAGAAAGCGUGAAGCUUAACACUGGGGAGUCCACAAACCCAACUAUGCUUUGCUAAAGAUUUUGAUGGACCCUGAGCUCUGGAAGGGAAAUAUCUGUUGGUGGGUACCUCCCUUGACCCCAGUACCAAGUGUGUGCCCUGAAUUCCCAGAGUAACCCUUCCCUGGGGCCCAACUGGCCCAGGGACAAAAAGUGCCCACUAUGUCUAUGACCGCCUGCUUAGUGGACACACUUCUGGACCUACUACCAGGAACUUUUGUAAAAGUUAGCUUGGGGGAAGGGUUUUGGGUGUAAAUAUUGGUGGGGGCAGAGGGGGAAAGAUAGGUUGGCAGCAAUAAACAUAAGUAGAACUAUAUUACUGUCUCCAGUUAUCUUCCCUAUGGAGAGAAGGUUGGGAGGAGAGACAGACCAGUCUCCUUCAAAGCUGGACUUAGCAAAAUGUCCUUAACUGUCCUUUCAGGGCCAUCUGUCCAUUCCCUAAAGAUUCUCAGUGCCCUUGACCCUGCUGGCCUAAAGCUCCAGUUUGAAGCCCUUGCGGGCUCUGCCCUUCCCACUUACCACCCUUCCUCAGAGCUCAGCCUCCCAGGGCCACAGGCCUUGCUGGAGUCUGAGAGUGUGGAUAGUUAGUUCCCUCUUUCUAGGACUAUUCACUUAACAAGAGCCUUGAAGACCUCCAGCAGUGAGGAAUAGCCUGCACUGGGGCCUAUCCAGGAUCCAAGAUGGGGAGAUUUGGAUUCAGCAGGGCCUUCCCUCUCAGGCCACCUUUUCCCGGGCCCCGGGCUUCCUGUGCUCACUGAAGCUGCACCAUCUCCAGGGAGGUGGGAUAUAGACGCAGAUGAAGACCCCCGGUUUCCUUUAUUCCUGCCUGCAUUAACUGCGUUAGGGAGGGCAAACCGGAGCGACAGCUGCCACUAGAGUGUCACUAUUCUUCCAGGCUUUGCUCUCAGCUGCACUCGUCCCACUGCCCUCAGCGACUGUGGGUGUCAGGAAGCUACGAGCAUUACGCUCACCAAAGAAACAAGGAGCCCAAACAGCCUCACAGCCCCGGUGGGAGCACCAACACAUGCACCAGGCACCAAGCACUUUGCAUUUUAUUCUCUCAUACACUCCUCCAGGAAUCCCCCCUUCAGGGAAGUACCGUCAUCUUCCCAACUUACAGGGGAGCAAACUGAGGCUCCGACAGGUUCAAGAAGUUGAGUAGGAAGCCCAACAAGCUUUCAGAGGUCCCGGCCCUCUGGAGGGCAAUCUGGCCCUCUGCAACGUGCCUUUGACACCCUUUAACCCAGCCAUUGACCUCCUAGGACUCAAGCCACAGAAAGUGCCACACAAGUGUGCUCUGAUAGGUGGACAAAGAUAUUCACCACAGCUUUAGCUAUAAGAAACUGGAAACAACACAAAUGGGGAAUCGGAUACAUUAAUGUUUCAUUCACACAAUACCAUGCAGCCAAUAAACAUGAUGCAGAAAAAUAUUUAAUGAUACAGGGAAAUGACUUCAGGAAAUUUUAUUGUUUGAUUUUAAAUUUUAAAAUUAUACAAACAAUGUACAAACAUUCUUGUAAAAGAAGUCCGUGCUAUAUCAUGGGGAAAAACAAGUACUAAAACAUUAUUUAUAGGGUGAUUCCAUUUUUA